AUGAAAGGGUUGCCGCUGGACUCGCUGGAGUCACAAAGCUCGACUCACACCCGCGCACACCGCCCCUUGCGCCAGUUCUCCUUCGCCGCCCUCAUCUCGCUCCUCCUGCUCCGACUCUCCUCCGUCUCGUUCGAGGACAUUGCGGAUGUUGCGAGGGACGUCAGGUGGUCGGUGACACCGCUGCCGAAGGACCCACACAGGCGGGCGCUGGCUCUGAUGGACAGAGCACCUGUGAUCGGCUCGUCCUUCCUCCUGCCCCUCCUCGCGGAUGCUGACCGGCAUCUCCUCCCAGACGGACACAUCGACCUCCCGAUCCUGGCGAGGUGGUACUACGCCAACGAAGUCGAGGACCCCAGCUUUGACCUGCGGAAGGAGGUGAGGGGCCAGGUUGAUAUCCCCAGGUUGAAGAAGGGAAAGGUUGGCGGGUUCUUCCACUCGGUCUACGUCCCCUGCCCGGAAGACGCAGGCUACCCUUCGCAAAACGAGGGCAACUUCACCGCCGCGACAUGGCGGGUGCGCGACACGCUCGAGCAAAUCGACACCGCUCGAUUGAUCAUCGACAAGUACGCCGACACGUUUGAGCUGUCGAAGACGGCGCGGGACUGGAAGAAGGCGAUGCGGAGGGGGAAGAUUGGCGGGAUGCUGGGCGUCGAAGGCGGUCACCAGCUCGGCUCGUCUCUCUCGGCCAUUCGGGCAUACUACGACCUCGGCGUGCGGUACAUCACCCUCACACACUCCUGCCACUCGCCCCUUGCCGACUCGUGCGGUCUUCCCGGCCGGGACCCGAUCAAGCCGCGCUGGGACGGCUUGUCGCCGUUCGGCUUGACCGCGAUUAAGGAGAUGAACCGCCUCGGCAUGCUCGUCGACAUCUCGCACACGCACCCCAAGACCGCCUCGGACGUCCUCACUCACUCGCUCGCCCCACCCAUCUUCUCCCACUCGAACGCUCGAGGCGUCUUCGACGUCGUUCGCAACGUCCCCGACUCGAUCCUGCGCCGCAUCGGCUCGAUCGACAAGUCUCGACGCGGGACGUUCAACCUUUCUGACGACGGCGAGGGCGGAAAGGGCUGGGGCGCCGACACAGGCGAGGUGGACAAGCCCAUCCCGUCAGGCGACUCGAUCGUCAUGCUCAACUUUUCGCCAGGCUUUGUCGGUGCCGACGCCGACGUCAGCGCCAUGGCAGACCAUGCCGAUUACAUCGGACGUCUUGCGGGCCGCGAGCACGUCGGUAUCGGCAGCGACUUUGACGGGAUCGAGGCGGUCCCCCGCGGACUCGAGGACGUCUCCAAGUACCCGAAGCUCGUCGCUGAGCUGAUCAAGCGUGGGUGGUCGGACAGCGAGAUUAUGGGCCUCACGAGCGGGAACCUCUUGCGGAUUCUCGAGAAGGCGGAGGCGGUCGCACGUUCUCAGCGGCAUGUCAAGCCGUACUACGAGGUCUUCAGCGGGCGGACGGAUCUCUCGAAGCACGACAGCCCGCCGUACUAG